AAUGUUACGCGAUAAGAAAUCAUCCCUGCUUGCAGCUGCCUCAAACGAAAUAAAAUAUGUAUUCUAGUUUUCGCUAGCGAAGACAAAGAAAAUGGAAAACGAGGGCAGCACACGUACAAGACGGCUCGAAGAGUUUGAUUGCCGGGAUAAACUAAAACUAAUCAAGUCGGUCGAAAAGAGGACACUCAUUUGGGAUGUGGCGAAUAAAAAACACUUUGAUAGCAAUGCACUGAGAAGCGCAUGGGCCGCUGUAGGCUCUGAGAUGAAUAAAGAUGUCUUUAGCUGUAAGAACGCUUGGAAAUCGUUGAGGGACAGCUACCGGUACCAUAUGAAGAUGGUUGCGAAGGGGAAAACGACAGUGAAUAAUGGAGACGCCGACUGGGAUCCUUUAGCUGACGCUAAGACUAGGGACAACAUCAGCGGCAGAUGGCGGUUCGCUCCACACAUGGAAUUCUUGUAUCAAUCAGUCCAGAAUCGCCCCUUGGCGCCAGUUUCUACCGUUUUUGUGGGAAAAGUUGUUAAACCGAAGGCUAGCCCCAGUCCGCAAGGUAUGUCCAUGCCGCCGGCUAUACCCUCUCCCCAGGCUAGGAUUCCUCCUCAGGCCAGAGCCGCUUCCCAGACUAGGCCCGCUCCACAGAUGAGGCCCAUAUGCGCAUACUGGGAGUCGGAGUUGAACAAGUUGGCGCCAGAAGAUGCAGAGACAGUGGAGCAGAAAAUGACGCGGCUGCUAUGGUCCGAGACACAGGCUUUGAGACUCAAUGCCUACCUUAAGGAGGAAGACCCGGAUAUGUACAGUUUAGAAUAAACCUAAACAUAAAUAAUAUUAGCAAAUAUCAUUGUGACGCCAGCUAGCGUACUCGAACUUCGGUAUUAUAUUGCUGUAGAAAAUACCAACUGGUGUUAUUACAUCAGUAUGUAGUUGCCAUAUAAGAACGGUGUAAUAUCCAUUUAGUUAAGUGGACAUGUUUGGUGACAUUUUUUGUUAAAACCAUUAUUUUAUAAGCAAAACAAUAUAAGUAAGUCAUUAAGCUUAAUGAAAACCUUGAAAAUAAAUGAUUCAUCUAUUGUAUAAGAGUAAGUGUUCAUUGCUGAGGCUCCCAGCAGACUAGUAAUAUCAAACCGAAUUUCAAAACAACAA